AUGCACGCCACAGCCUCUCAAAGAGCUUUUCCCGGGCUCAUGUUCAUACUCAUGCACAGGGACACUAAUCGCACGGCGACGACCACCCGAAAGCCCUUUGAGCUUUCAGUAGAGAUCAGCAGCCUGUGCGACAUUGCUGAAGAGCUCCAUCGUUUACUGCUCGACCAGCAGCGCACAAUCCGACGCAUUGAUGAAGUCGCACAUACCAGCUUCCUGGAGCAAUGGCACAUGUUCCGUGAGGAGUACUGCAUAAUCCGUGAAACGUCGGAGGCAGCCGCAGUGAAGUUAGCCGCUACCAUUGAAUAUUACCUGUCAUUGCAAGAGGAGACCAACGAUCCCGCUGAGGUCGACGAGACAAUCGAUGAGCUCUCUGCCUUGAACAAGCUUCGCUUCGGUAGAAGAGAGGAUUUCAUCAGAGUAUCGAUACAGUGCUACGCGCCCUCCGGCAACGACUUGAAGACGAUAUUGAGAGACCCCGCCUUCGGCUUGUGUCCCUACAACACGAACUGGAAAGAUUUUGAAGAGGUGGCUCGCAUCGAGGAGCUCCGGAAGCAACUCAAUGCGAUGAGAGCAACCAUGGAUAUUGCAAAGUCUGCCUUGCAAGAGUUCGCCAGCCUCAACGUCAACGAAUUGACGACAGCUAUUGAAGGCAUCAAAGCAAAUGUCGAGAAAGAGUCCAAACUCCUUCAGAAGACCUUCUCGGAGGUUACGAACAUGCUAUCCAGAGAAUCCAAUAGCUAUGUGAGCACCCUCCGAAGACUCCGCGCGGACCCCUCACAGACCAACCAGCUCGCCAACCGUGCGGCCAAGCAGCGCGUCCUGUCAUCAUCUGGAGAUUGGAAGCAAAAGGCGCGAAUCUUGAUGGAAGAGUACGCGAAGAAGAUGAAGUAG